AUUACAGCAAGGUCAGCAGGAGGACUGCAAUAACUUUCAAGGGUUCCUUCUCACUCUCAUUCUUUCUUUCAUCGCCCAAUUUUCAUACGCACGAAGCAAUAUGGCGUCGAGGGAAUCUAUGUGGUAUUGCCAUCAAGUGCGUCCUUGUCAUUUAUAUCACUCUUCGAAGCUGAACCAAUCGACGUCGAUGGGGUCUUCAGUGUAAUGCAGAAAUGCGACCUCUGAUGAUGCCCGAGCCCGUAUGUGCAUCUUGUAGGGGGUCGUUCAUCGAGAAAAUCGACGAUCCUGCCGACGAUCCUAGGGAUUUUCAACGCGGAGGUAUCACGGAUGAUACGCCUUCCGGGACGGACCCGUUCUUCAUGCUUCUUCAGGGCCUCAUGAACCGUUCACCACAAGAGAGAGCCCACAGUCCUUCCUCUACUCCACGCCAAGAGACAUCGCCUUCUUCUAGUUUUUCUUUUCAAUUUCACACAACAGCUAAUGGCGGUACCAGAACAUUUACGCUAGGCGGUCCAAGAACAUUAGUUGGUGGUAAUGGUGGAGGUUUUGGAAGGGUACCAGCCAUGUCUGAUGGGCCCGAUCGUGACAACGGUGCACCUGGAAUCAACGGGGCUCUCAUGACGCAGUAUCUUAUGGCGAUGUUAGGACAUCAAGGACCAUUCCCUGACAUACUUGGAGGUGACGCUGCGGAACGGGGGAGAAUGGGCGACUACGUCUUCAAUCAAGAAGCUUUGGAUCAGAUCAUCACACAGUUGAUGGAAAAUUCUAAUUCGUCACGACCCGUUCCCGCCACGGAAGAAAUCGUUGACAAUUUGCCUCGUGAAGUACUCACGGAAGGAUGUGCAACACUAGAGAAGGACUGCGCCGUUUGCAAAGAACAGUUCAGAUUAGAAACCGAGGAUCCUGGCGAACAGGUCGUUGUUACAUUACCGUGCAAGCAUCCCUUCCACGAAUCGUGUAUACUUCCAUGGCUCAAAUCGAGUGGGACAUGCCCCGUCUGCAGAUAUCAAUUAGUACCGCAACCCGGACAACAUGGUAGUUCUGCGCCCGGAAAUGGUCCUGGAUCAAGCGGUUCGCCUCCGCCCCCGCGUUCGUCAGGGAGGGACAAUUCCUCAAAUGAUGGAGGUAACAACAGUAACCCUGGCGGGGGAAGCGGAUUCUUCCAUAAUUUGUUUGGUUCGAUGAUGAGUGGUAACGGUUCGAGCAGCAGCCAUACCAGCAGCAGUACUGGAACCAGUCAUUCAUAUUCCCACCAGUAUUCCACCUCGCCACGCCCGACACGGUCUCCCUCCGACCCUUCGAACCGUUCAUCACCUUUCAGAAGAAAUUCUUCUAAUCCUAAUGGCAACGGAAGAAGUAGCAAUGAUGGUGACCGGUAUUUACCUGGAGCAUGGGAUGCUUUGGAUUAG